AUGGCAUUCUUUGCCCCAUUAUUAACCUUUUACAAAAAAUACAACAUCUUUGAAGAAACCACAGAGUGCACAAAGGAGAAGGUGGACAAAAUGUGCCAGUGCAAUUUAGUCUUCACAGAGGAAUUAUAUUAUCAUAAUCAGCACUUACCAAUUGAAGAAGAAGAAGACUAUCCUGAUGAAAAAAAUAAUUACAAAAGUAUUGUGGAUGACCUUGAAAGCAACACUAGUGAGGACGAGACUACGAACAAGUGCAAUUUAAAUAGUGAGGAAAUGAUUAAAGAACAACUCGAAUCACUAAGUCAGGACAAGGACCUACCAAGCAGCGCAUGCUAUAUACAUUCCUUUCUGAAAGACGCAGAACAAGAGUUGUUUAAAAAUUCAAGUGCCUACUAG